UAUAUAAGGCAGCAGAGACGUGGACGAGCAGACACUUGCCUUCUGAGGGCCCUGCGAGCAGCAGCUAUCUCCACGCCAAGGUUAGACAAAAUGCCAGGCGUGUUCCUCUCUGCUAAUCCACAGGAACUGAAAGGAACGGAUCAUUCGCUUCUAGACGACAAAACGCAAAAAAGGAGGCCAAAGACUUUUGGAAUGGAUGUGAAAGCAUACCUGAGAUCUAUGAUCCCACAUCUGGAAUCUGGAAUGAAACCUUCCAAGUCCAAGGACCUACUCUCUGCUGAUGAAGUGAAGCAGUGGUCUGAAUCUCUGGAAAAACUUCUUGCCAACCAAACUGGUCAAGACAUCUUUGGGAAUUUCCUAAAGUCUGAGUUCAGUGAAGAGAAUAUUGAAUUCUGGCUGGCUUGUGAAGACUAUAAAAAAACAGAGUCUGAUCUUCUGCAUUGCAAAGCGGAGAAAAUCUAUAAAGCAUUUGUGCAGUCAGAUGCUGCCAAACAAAUCAAUAUUGACUUUCACACUCGAGAAUCUACAGCCAAGAAGAUUAAAGCACCAACACCCACGUGUUUUGAUGAAGCCCAAAAAAUCAUAUAUACUCUUAUGGAAAAGGACUCCUAUCCCAGGUUCCUCAAAUCAAAUAUAUACUUAAAUCUUCUGAAUGACCUUCAGGCUAAUAGUCUAAAGUGACUGGUGCCAGCUGGAGGGAAUUAAAGAUGGUAUCAAGUACAGAAGGAAUGUACCAGGAUGGCUCCCUGGGGGAACACCUUGGCCUUUUUGGAUGACUCACAGAUCCAGGGGAAGAACCCAUGACUCAGGACAGAUUAACAUGGAAGUUAUCCAGGCUCAGGGCUGAAGAAGCGUGAGAUGAAAAUUUAGCGAUGGUAGAAGGAAGGAGAUACUGUGGUACUGUCAUAAAAUACAGUGGACCUACGUAUUAGAACAUCCCUCAGAACUGAGAAGGCCGGGUAAUGCUUGCUACGCAGAAACUGUGAAUAAGGGUUUUGAAACUGGUGAAAACAUGCUAUAAGCUUCAAGGUCUGACAUAAACUGACAUUUAUGCUGCAUAUUGUUAUACAGAGAUUGUAUUGAGCUGCUGAAAUCUCUUUUACUUGGAUGACUAUUUGAGAAGUAUGUGUUUCAAGAUCACCAUUUCUGUUAUUGACACAAAGUUUUUCAGUGUUGGUUUGUUUGUUUGAGUGUUUUGGGACUGAAAGAGAUGAAGAGGAGAACAAUGUAUUUAACUUAAGCUAUUGCCUUAAAGUUGGGAAGUCAGAAUAUAUUUGUAAAUUAAAUUAUCACAGUGUCAAUAAUAAAUGUGAGUUUUGUCUUAAAAACAUAGAAGCAAUUUCUGUUUACAUUUCCUUGCCAUCUUUAAAAACUGGCAUUUAUUUUUCAGAUUUAACAAAAAUUUAAGCAAGGGUCUUCUAC